AUGUCAAGAGUUGGAAGUACAACAGCCAGUGGUGCAAGAACGCCAGUGAUGGAUAAAGAUGGCUUAGGUUUCCCAGCAAAAGGUUCUCUUACCCGAUUGCACUCCACACCGAUUGAAACAGCACAAACGACGGCAAGAUUAUCAGCCGCUGUUAAAACGAUCCUUGAAUGCUUAGGUGAAGAUCCUGAGCGGGAAGGACUUAAACGUACACCAGAGAGAUAUGCUAAGGCACUGCUAUGGAUGACAAGAGGGUAUGAAGAAAGACUGACGGAUGUGAUUGCAAACGCAAUCUUUGACGAACAACACGAGGAAAUGGUCAUUGUUCGAAAUAUUGAAAUCUCAAGUUUGUGCGAGCAUCACUUAGUACCGUUCAGAGGCAAGAUCCAUAUAGGAUACCUACCCAACAGACUCGUCAUCGGUCUGUCUAAAUUGGCAAGAAUUGCUGAAAUGUUUGCCAGACGAUUACAGGUACAAGAACGAUUGACAAAACAAGUUGCCUUGGCCUUGGAUGAAGCAAUUCAACCUCAAGGCGUGGCAGUAGUGGUAGAAUGCGAGCAUAUGUGUAUGGCAAUGAGAGGUGUUCAAAAGCCAGGCACGACUACGGUGACCAGUUGUAUGUUAGGUGCAUUCCGAGAUCGUGCAAAGACUCGACAAGAGUUCCUCUCGUUGAUUGGAAUGGGACGGUGA